ACUCCAAACCAGCCCUACACACACCAUAAUUCUAUUCUUUCUUUUUUUCUUUUUCCUUCUUUGAUUUAUUUAUUUUAUUUAUAUUUAUUAUUCUAUCAAUUAUAUAUAUAUAGUCCCAUUGUUUGAUCGAUCAUGUUGAGAAGAGGAGUGCUUGAUGCGAAUCUGAUGCUCUCCCUGCGCCGUUCGGAGCUGUGCUUCGUCUACGAACCCUUUUAGAGGGAGAGAGAGUGUGUGUGUGUGUGUUUAUAUAUAGAUAAAAUCUGUUAUAAGUAUUGGCAGAGAGAGAGAGAGAGAGAGGAUGGCGGACAACAGGAGCAUUAGCUUGGAGGAGAUCAAGAAGGAGAAUGUCGAUCUGGAACACAUACCGCUGGAGGAAGUGUUCAGUCAACUGCAAUGUUCGAGAGAGGGAUUAACUAACAGCGAAGCUGCCAAGAGGCUCGAAGUCUUCGGCCCCAACAAGCUCGAGGAAAAAAAGGAAAACAAGGUUCUCAAAUUCUUGGGCUUCAUGUGGAAUCCUCUGUCAUGGGUUAUGGAGAUUGCUGCCAUCAUGGCCAUUGCUUUAGCCAAUGGACAGGGAAGACCUCCAGAUUGGCAAGAUUUUAUUGGGAUAAUAGCACUGUUGAUCAUCAACUCCACCAUUAGUUUCAUCGAAGAGAACAAUGCCGGCAAUGCUGCUGCCGCUCUCAUGGCUGGUCUUGCUCCCAAGACUAAGAUACUGAGAGACGGGCGAUGGAGUGAGCAAGAAGCAGCGAUCCUCGUUCCAGGCGAUAUUAUAAGCAUCAAGCUCGGAGAUAUCGUGCCUGCAGACUCCCGUCUCCUGGAAGGUGAUCCACUGAAGAUCGAUCAGUCUGCGCUGACCGGUGAGUCGUUGCCAGUGACUAAGAACCCGGGGAGUGAAGUGUUUUCAGGCUCAACUUGCAAACAAGGAGAAAUAGAAGCUGUUGUUAUUGCCACCGGCAUCAACACUUUCUUUGGCAAAGCAGCACAUCUUGUUGACAGCACUCAAAACGUCGGACACUUCCAACAGGUGUUGACAGCCAUUGGUAACUUUUGCAUCUGCUCCAUUGCUGUUGGGAUCCUUAUAGAGAUAAUCGUUAUGUACCCGAUUCAGCACAGGAAGUACAGAGAUGGGAUUGAUAACUUGUUGGUUCUUCUCAUUGGAGGCAUUCCCAUUGCUAUGCCCACUGUGCUGUCUGUAACUAUGGCGAUUGGAUCCCACAGGCUGUCCGAGCAGGGCGCUAUCACAAAGAGGAUGACAGCCAUUGAAGAAAUGGCUGGGAUGGAUGUUCUGUGCAGCGAUAAAACCGGGACACUUACUCUAAAUAAGCUCACAGUCGACAGAAACCUGAUCGAGGUGUUUGCUAAGGAUCUGGACAAGGAAUCAGUAAUCCUUCUUGGUGCUAGAGCGUCGAGGGUGGAGAAUCAGGAUGCUAUCGAUGCUUGUAUUGUUGGGAUGCUGGCUGAUCCUAAAGAGGCAAGAACAGGGAUUACUGAAGUGCAUUUCCUUCCUUUUAAUCCCGUGGAGAAGCGUACUGCAAUUACUUACAUAGACAGCAGCGGGAAUUGGCACCGAGUUAGCAAAGGCGCACCAGAACAGAUCGUUGAGCUCUGCGGGCUUAGGGAUGAUAUGAAGAGAAGAGUUCACUCAAUCAUCGAUAAGUUUGCUGAUCGCGGCCUGCGCUCUCUUGCUGUAGCUCAACAGGUUGUACCAGAGAAGAACAAGGAGAGUGCAGGAGGUCCAUGGAUCUUUGUAGGUCUCUUGCCACUUUUUGACCCCCCAAGGCAUGACAGUGGAGAGACAAUCAAACGUGCUCUAAAUCUCGGUGUCAACGUUAAGAUGAUCACAGGUGAUCAGCUAGCCAUUGCCAAGGAGACAGGCCGAAGGCUUGGAAUGGGAACGAACAUGUACCCUUCGUCCUCGCUUCUUGGCCAGCACAAGGAUGAAAGUAUCUCCGAGCUCCCCGUUGAAGAGCUCAUUGAGACGGCUGAUGGCUUUGCUGGUGUCUUUCCCGAGCACAAAUAUGAGAUUGUUAAGAAGCUGCAAGAAAGAAAGCAUAUUUGUGGAAUGACGGGAGACGGUGUAAAUGAUGCUCCUGCCCUAAAGAAAGCCGAUAUUGGAAUUGCAGUGGCUGAUGCCACUGAUGCUGCUCGGGGUGCCUCAGACAUAGUCUUGACAGAGCCGGGAUUAAGUGUUAUCAUCAGUGCUGUUUUGACAAGUCGGGCCAUAUUCCAGAGGAUGAAGAACUACACAAUCUAUGCAGUUUCCAUAACCAUACGUAUCGUGCUUGGUUUCAUGCUCCUUGCACUCAUUUGGAAGUUUGAUUUCUCACCCUUCAUGGUGCUGAUAAUCGCAAUCCUUAACGAUGGAACCAUCAUGACCAUUUCUAAGGACAAGGUGAAGCCAUCACCGAUGCCCGACUCAUGGAAGCUGAGGGAGAUUUUCGCCACGGGAGUUGUUUUUGGCACUUAUCUUGCUCUCAUGACUGUUGUUUUCUUCUGGGCUAUUAACGAAACUAAUUUUUUUCCGGACAAAUUUGGUGUAAGAUCAAUCAGGAAUAGCUACCGCGAGCUAAAUUCAGCUGUUUAUCUUCAAGUCAGUAUCGUUAGUCAGGCUCUCAUCUUCGUUACUCGAUCAAGGAGUUGGUGUUAUGUGGAACGACCCGGACUUCUUCUUGUGGCUGCCUUCCUAAUAGCACAAUUGGUUGCAACUUUCAUUGCAGUGUAUGCAAAUUGGGAAUUCGCAAGAAUCUAUGGGAUAGGGUGGGGCUGGGCAGGCAUUAUAUGGCUUUACAGUAUCAUCUUUUACAUCCCUCUCGACAUAUUCAAGUUUAUUAUUAAAUAUGGAUUAAGUGGAAGAGCAUGGAAUAAUAUGAUAGAGAACAAGACAGCCUUCACAUCCAAGAAGGAUUAUGGCCGGGGAGAAAGGGAAGCUCAAUGGGCUAUGGCACAACGAACUUUGCAUGGACUCCAACCUACAGAUGCUCCAGAGCUUUUUGCUGACAAAAACAACUACAGGGAACUGACUGAAAUCGCUGAACAGGCCAAGAAACGUGCUGAAGUUGCAAGACUGAGAGAGCUUCACACUCUGAAGGGACACGUCGAAUCAGUGGUGAAGUUGAAGGGCCUUGACAUUGAGACAAUUCAACAGAACUACACAGUGUGACAAUAGGAGAAUGGGAAGGGAGAACAAUAAAAAGUUGAAAGCUGGAGUUGAUGGCGUUUUUCAGCUUUUGGUACUUCAUUACUACAACAAUCUAUUCCCAGAUGAUACAUGCACUGAGCAUUAAGUCAAUAACAAUGUAUCAUGCAUGGUGUUAGUUGAGACUCCUUGUGAUGGUAUUCUUCUUGUUGAAAGACUCUUUUACUUCUGUUUUCUAUGUCUCUUUUCAGCAAUUAGACUCGAAUCUGAAUAUUAUGUUAAUCUAAUGAAACUAAGAUAGGUGUGUGUUUCAUGCAAAAACAACUUACAUCGAAAAAUAUUUCCACCUCAAAAAUAUUUUACAUCAAAACUAAAAUAAGAGUCUUGCCAGAAAUACAAAAAUAUAUAUAGUAGUUGCAGUGUUCAAUGACCCCUAGCUCGUUAUUCCUCAGAAACGCUUUCUAGACCAGGCUGCCAAUUAGAUGCAAGUGAUAAUCUCCCUGGAGUCGGAGGCCCUCCAUUUCCAACCCCUGCUGAAGAAUCCUCAUUAGCCUUCCUCCUAUAUCCAGUCUUCCUAUCCUUACUUGAACUCUCACUAUUUCCAGCUUUCAACUUGAACCCUGAACUCAUACUCUGCAAGCAACCACUGUUCUCAUUCUUUUGUCCGGCAUCCUUCUUGUUAUUCCUAAACAACCAACAAGGAGAGCCUUCAUCGUCAUCGUCCCUUUUCCCUAUAUUUUGUUGAUGAUCAUUGUCUUGAUGGUUUUCUCGAAGUACAGAAGGGGGGCACUUUCUUUGAAGUUUCCUGAUGGUACCAAGGGGCACAACGUAGUAUUUCUGGCCAAGAACAAGGGUGGUUUCGGGUGAAACAAUGGCAUAUGGCUGCUUGAAGACCGUGGGAUGGGCAACGCAGCAUUUUGGGUUGCGGUUGAGGAGCUCUGCAGCUA